UUAAAUAUUUUGCAAUAUUUUUGUUUUAAUUCCUAUAUUCAUUGCACAAAGUGGACAGACUAUAUUGGGUAUUUUUUGUAAUCUUAUGUUGCUCGUCCUUCUACGUUUUGGACUCUAAGGGACGCUAUUGGCCUACAGAUUAUUUUCUCUGCCUCGCCGUCAUGUUGUCCUCCCUCCUGAUGACGAGGCAUUGUAGGAGCUUUUCUGUCUUUUGUUGGCGGUGAGGGCAGACGGUAGAAGAACCUUUUGUGCUUUGCAUUUGCCCGAUAACAUCGAAGUGGUUUAUGGAAGCAGGAUACGGAUUAUUUACCUGAGGAAAUCAUCGCACCUAUUUUUGUCACCAUGCGCACUCAUGGAUGUUUCUCUUUUUCAUGCGCAAAAUGGAGGAUGUUGCACGGAUGCCGAUGGCAAAUAGGAUCGCUCAUGUUCCUUCUUCAUUUGGUCACCACGGUAGGUGGUCAGAUUCGUUAUUCUAUCCCAGAGGAGAUGAAGAAAGGCUCAGUGAUCGGUAAUGUGGCGCAAGAUCUCGGCUUGGAUGUGAAAAGGCUGCGUUCAGGGCGGGCCCGCAUUUUGACAGAAGACAACAUCCAGUACACCGAGCUGAAGACAGACAAAGGGCUUCUCGUCGUCAAUGACAGAAUAGACCGGGAGCAGCUUUGUGGAGAUGUGACGCCAUGUAGCUUCAGCUUUGAGGUCAUUUUAGAAAACCCCAUUGAAUUGCACAGAAUCAUUGUUGAGGUUUUGGAUAUAAAUGAUCAUGCUCCCAUCUUUGCAAAUAAUGAUAAAGCUCUCAUAUUUGAAAUAAGUGAAUCAGCUGCAGUGGGAGUGCGCUUUCCUCUGCAGAGUGCAGAGGAUGAAGAUGUAGGACAAAAUGCAUUACAGAAUUACAUUUUGUCACCAAAUGAUAAUUUUAUUCUGAAUCAGCAUGCAAAUCCAGAUGGCAGCAAAUAUGUUGAAAUGGUGCUCCAGAAGCCUUUAGACAGAGAGCAACGUCCCCGUUUGUCUUUAAAAUUAAUUGCAGUGGAUGGAGGAACACCACAGAGGUCUGGUACAGUAAAUAUAGAAAUAAACGUUCUAGAUGCAAAUGACAAUGAACCCAUAUUUAACCAAUCAGAAUAUAAAGCAGCUGUCAUGGAAAAUGCAGUGAAAGGAACUAGUAUAAUUACUGUAAAUGCUACAGAUGCUGACAGUGGUUCAAAUGGACUCAUCACAUAUAGUUUGUCUAAAAUUAAAGGAAGUGCGGCAGAUAUAUUUAAUAUUGAUCACAAAACUGGCAUUAUUUAUGUGUCUGGUCAACUCGAUUAUGAAAAGGAUAGAAAAUAUGAAGUGAGGGUGGAAGCAAAGGAUCAAGGUGGGCUUACUGGAACAAGUAAAAUUAUAUUUGAUGUAAUUGAUGUAAACGACAAUGCUCCAGUUAUUAAUGUGAAAUCAUUCUCCAGCCCUCUUUCUGAGGAUUCACCUCCUGGUACAACAAUAGCAGUUCUUAACAUAAAAGAUGCAGAUUCUGACAGAAAUGGAAAAAUAACAUGUUCAAUAGAUGGAAAACUACCUUUUAAAUUGGAGAACUCAUUAACAAAUUAUUACAAUUUGAUAUCAGAUCAAUACUUUGAUAGAGAGUCCGUGUCAGAAUAUAACAUAACAAUAACAGCCACUGAUCUUGGAACGCCCCCUCUUUCUACCUCUACAAAGUUAAAUCUUAGAAUCUCAGACAUUAAUGACAAUGCACCAUUAUUUGAUAAAAACAUUUAUUCUGCUUAUGUCUCUGAGAAUAAUUCUCCUGGCAUUUCCAUAUUUGCUGUCACUGCUAGAGAUGCUGAUUGGAAUCAAAAUGCGAGAAUAUCUUAUCUUUUAGAGGACACACAGAUAAGUGGAAGUCCUGUUUCUACUUAUGUUUCUUUAAAUUCUGAAACUGGAGUUAUUAGUUCUGUUCGCUCAUUCGACUAUGAACAAAUUAAAGAACUAGUGUUUAUUGUCAGAGCUCAGGAUGGAGGUUCUCCUCCUCUCAGCAGCAACGUGAGCGUCCGCGUCCUGAUCCAGGACCAGAACGACAACGCCCCCCAGGUCCUGUACCCGGUCCAUACGGGCGGCUCGGUGCUGGCUGAAAUGGUGCCUCGUUCAGCAGAUGUGGGCUAUCUGGUGACUAAAGUGGUGGCUGUGGAUGUGGACUCUGGACAGAACGCCUGGCUUUCCUAUAAAGUGCAGAAAGCCACAGACAGGGCGCUGUUUGAAGUGGGCCUACACAAUGGAGAAAUAAGAACUGUCCGCCAAGUCACUGAUAAAGAUGGCGUCAAACAAAGACUGAGUGUUCUAGUGGAGGACAACGGGCAGCCCUCUCGUUCAGCUACAGUCAUUGUUAACGUGGCGGUGGCGGACAGCUUCCCUGAAGUGCUGUCAGAGUUCACUGACUUUAGCAUGCACGACAAGGAGUACAAUGACAAGCUGACUUUUUACUUAGUCUUGGCUUUGGCUGUGGUCUCCUUCCUCUUCAUCACCUGCUUGCUGCUCAUCAUAUCAGUCAAAGUGUACAGGUGGAGACAGUCUCGCGUCCUGUACCACUCCAACCUCCCUGUCAUUCCAUAUUAUCCACCACGUUACUCAGACACUUUGGGGACAGGGACUCUCCAACACGUGUACAAUUACGAGGUGUGCAGGACCAGCGACUCCAGAAAAAGUGACAUGAAGAAUAUGCAAGCCAUGAGUCAAAGUUUAGUGAGUGUGGAUGGAGCUGAUGCUGAUACACCACAUGUGACCAAGCAGAUGGCAGGAAACUUUUCGCAGAUGUCAACUUUGGUGAGUUAAAUAUUACAACAGUCUUUUUUUUGUUUUUGUAUUUGAUAGUUUUCCAAGUUCUGAAGUAAAAUGUAUACUUACUCACUGUAGUUGUACAGGAGGUUGUACCUCCAACCAACCAUAUUAUGAUUUAAAAUGUUACAAUAAUAGUUGUUUAUGAAGAAAUAGAUUAGUAAUAUACCUAUAUACUAUGUCACUUUUCAUACAGUGUUUGUCUUAACAGAAUGAAGUCUAAUCUUAUCUAUUUUUGAAAAUCCUGCAAUCAUUAAUGCUGUCUGGUAAAUUUCAGUUGAUAUAUUGUUUUUAGAUUUAUAUUAGGUUCAUGUAAAAUGUACAAUACAUAUCAGGCAACAAACGGCAUGUAAAUAUAUGAGAUUAUAACGACUGAAUAUAAUUUUAUGUUAUAUCUCUUGUCCCUCAGCAACACAUUCAAAACAAAGUACACAAAUUAACAUGAUUGAAAAAUACAUUUCAAGGUUGUGAUAUAUAUUUCACAAUGUACCCAUUUGCACUUCUAUAUUGUCUUUAAAUUAUGAUUACACUUUUGACUCUCAAGCAGCCUUUUUUUCAAGUCCUGGUUAUUUAUGAUUUUAUCACUUUUUGCCUGAUAUUUUUAGAUUGUGUGUUCAGUUUUUAUAGUUACAAAGUUUGUGAGGAGGUCGUACUUGGUCUUUAAGGAACUACAAUAACUGAAUCAGCGCACUUUAUUUAUUACGUUUUCCUCAUUGAGUCGGUUGUAUAUCUCGGUUAUUCUGCAUGGUGGGCCAUUUUUUAAAUAUCUUGUACAUUAAAUUGUCUCUGUGUUUACAUUGCUUACCUACAUUCGAUGCAGCAUUAUUAUUCAUUAGUGGAUCAUGUUCAUGUGUUUAUCACGACAUGUAAAAUUGUGACAGAAGUUUAUAGCAGUCUCUGACUUGCAAUGUGACAUCACCUGCACUUACAGUUUAGUGAACACGCAGGCUUAUGUGUGAAGGUUAAUUAGUGCUGGUUGAUAUAGACCUCUACUAGAGUGAUCAUCAAUAUGUAUCUAACUAUAAUUAAAAAGGGAUGUAUUAUAUUACAAUAUUAAACUGGCAGGUGUAUUGUACUAUUGAUAACUCUUGGUAUACAAA